GUCAGCUUCUCGUAUGAAUAGCGCUGGAGUGAUUUUAACACAGUGUUCAGUGCAGAAAGAGACUUUUACUCCAGAAAUGCUCUUCAACCGUUAAAAACGAUCAUAUUGUGUCUAAUAUUCCUCCGUUCAUAAAAGAUGACUUGAAUACGGAGUUGUUCAGGACAAAUAGUUUCACAAAUGAAGAAAAUUAGACACUUACUGAAGUGAACUACAACAUUUUGGUGAAUUACACCUGUAGUAAGUCAUUAUUGUCACUAGGAACCUACUACAAACCUGUGUGUUUAAAAUGAUUUGUAUGUGAGCGGAGCGGUGUGAUUUUAAAUGGAGCGAGGAGCCAACAAUUCAUGCCAACAGCCCGUGAUAUAACUGCAUAUUUAGCAAUAAUUCACAUGUUAAUCAUCUUUAGCUAGCUUGAUACAGAUGGAUAACUCAAAUCAGAAAGAAUGUGAAGGUUAUGAUGACGGCAAUGGACUUGAGCGGGAAGUUAUAUUAUUUGUUUGUUCCUUAGACACUGAAUAUUUUCAGCUGAAAGCAUGAUUUAAACAAGUACUACAACAUUAUUCACACGCAAUCGCUCUCUCAGUAAUGCAUUCAAACAAAUAUAACCUUACUAUGCUACUAAAUCUGUAUCCGAUUUCGAAUGAGCAGAAAUCUGUAAGAAAUGCAUCGAUCCGUAGGUAAAAUAACUGAUGAUUAUAUUCAUCACAAACAAAAUUGACACUGCAAAAAGCAGCAAUUAUACCUUUUAUUGCCGAUGUUAUUAGCUUGUCAUGUGGUAGGAAAAAAGUUUGCACACAAGUGUUCCAAUAAACCACUUUGAAACUCCCUUAAUUCUCUUGUGGCUCAAACAUAGGCUAGUGGAAAAAAUAAAUACAUAAAUAAAUAAAUAAAACUUAAUAAAGAGAGAAGAAACGUAUUUUGUGUUAAACAGGUCCUUUUUUUAAAAAAGUCGGUGCUUGAAAUAAAGCUUUUUCAUUGAUGAUUGCAGUGUUAAUAAUUUUAAUUAUAGGCCUAUAAUUCAUUGUAUAAUAAACCUGUUUUGAAAGACCUUUUUAAAAACAUUUUCAAUGAGGAGUAAGCUAGCCUAAUCUUUAUUAUCCUCGCAGCGUGUCAGUUAUGACUGUCUAUGUCUGUUUGAGAUCAAAAUAGGUCACCUACGUGAUUUGCGUAGAUCCAAUGAGAAAGUGUUUUGAUGGUGGUGGUCGUGGGGGGACUUUUUACAGUACCAUUAGUACCAAUUCAUAUCUGUACCCGCUUGUAGUCAACCACUUUUAAACGCUCCAGUGUGUUUUUGCAUGCACUUUCUGGUUUCAAAUGACGGGUUUUUGCAGCAUUGAGUAUUGUAGCCAAUCACAGGCAUCUCUGUAGCCAAACACAAGAAAUGCAGGGACAAGUGUGUGGCAAAAUGUUCAGGAUCAUCAGGUUCAAUCGUUAAGGCCUUUAAUUGUCAGGAUGCUCACGUAGGGGGCUGCGAUAAUAUCGUAAUUGUUGUUUUAACGAUGUGUGAUUUGACAUUAUCGAGUAUAUUGCAAAAACCAAACCAAACACCUACAGAGAGUGCACGCAUGCAUGACGUGAUGAAGUCUAGUAGGUUAGACUAGUGCGCGUGCGCAUUUACAGUGCGUUUUCACUGCAUGAUUCAGUCUAUUAAAAUGCAUAACAAAAUUCAAGAUAUGGUGGCUUUAUAUAAUUUCAUAUAGUUAAUAUCACAUGAACAGUGCCGUUUUUACCUCCAAAAAUCAGCAUGAUUACAAAUGUGAUAUUGAUUUUAACAGUUCAAUAAACAAGAAGUUAAUAUUAAGAGACUUACGACUUAAGCCCCGUUCAGACUACACGAUUUUAGCCCGAUUUUGCCACGAUUUGCUUGACGUAGAUUGUCGUGAGAAUUCGUAAACGACAAUGGGCGUCGGGACGCAAGAUUCAAUCGUGUCAUCUCGUAUAGUGUGUCAUAGUGCACGACAACCGAUGCCAUGUCUGCGACGCUUCACGAUGUCAACACAGAAAGUCUAGCAUGUUUAAUUUUUUCUUCGUCCACGACGGGUUCCGCCACAUGUGUGACGCUGACCAAUAGGAGCACAGAAUCUCUUCUGUACACAGCUUUUAAACAUGGCAAAACGAAAGAGAGAUGACUGUGCUGCUAGGUGGACUUAUGAAAUGGAAGAAAGCUUUGUGGAGCUAUGGCAACAAUAUGCUUGCCUUUAUGAUGUUUCAUCGAGGGACUACCACGACAGAAUAAAAAAAGAUAAAUACUGGCGAUCGAUAGCGGAGGCGCUUCAGCAACCUGGUGAGUACUGAAAUUGGCAUGUAAACUAGCAAAUCACUCAUUAUGUUCUCAUUCACAAUAGCGACACAGUGUUUCAUUGAUUUAUUUGUGGCGGGGCGGGAGUUUUUAUAUGAAUGUAUCUUUGAAGGUAACCGAUUGUCUUCAGAAAGUUUCGUUGUCAUUUUAAUUUUAAGUAGCAUUUAUGAGCUCAGGGCUGCUUUGUUUACAGCUGUUGCCGGGAACAACAGUUGCUUUGUAAUACCUGUCAUACCUUUGUCAUUAUACACAUCUAUGUCCUGACUUUUCACAAAAACGCACACUCACACACACACACACACACACACAUAUAUAUUACAAUUACAAUUACAGAGACAUUUAACAUUCGGAUGUGCUAGAUUUGUAAUUUACUUAUCUCUUCCCUAGUCGGUGAGGUCCAAACAAAAGCUGCUUCCCUCCGAACACAAUAUGGGAAACUACUCUGUCCAAAACCAAGUGGCAGCAGCAGCGACAAAGACUUAACUCCCAGACAGAGUUUUUAUCUUAGUUGGAUGACUUGGAAAACAGCAUCGCUGAUGAGGGAGGAGAAGACCUGGAAACAGAGGAGGAAUUGUCUGAGUCAUCCACCUCCUAUCAAGCAUUCAGUUCAUCAACUCCUCUUACCUCACUUGAUUCCUCAUCAUCUCACCAGCGUCAUCAGACAUUCAUGUUUAGUGGAAGCUCCUCCCACAACAAUCUCAUCAUCAGUGAAGCUCCUCCCACAACAAUCUCAUCAUCAGUGAAGCUACUCCCACAACAAUCAUACAUUCAGCAAUUCAGCAAUAAAUGCUGGAAUAUUCCCAUCAGUUUACAAGUGAAGACGAGCAUCAGAGCAUCAGGAAGAGCUGAAAUCUGCAGAGACUGAGUUUAUUAAAGAGGACAGAGAGAAGAUGAGAGAUCCAGAACCCUGCAGAAUCAAACACACUGAAGAUACUGAACAACAAACAGAGUUGAUUGAAGACAACGAGGAGAAAGAAGAAUUGAGUGAAUCUGAGGAGAUAAAUCAUGCCAAAAGUGGAGAAAAACCCAAACAGAAAGAUUUAAAGAAAAGAAGAGCCAAGAAAUCUUUCACCUGCACUCAGUGUGGAAAGAGUUUCACAAACAAAUGUGUUCAUACUGGAGAGAAACCAUUCACAUGUGAUCAGUGCGGGAAGAGUUUCUCAUACUCAUCAACCCUUAAGAAACACAUGAACAUCCACACUGGAGUGAAACUGCACACAUGUGAUCAAUGUGACAAAACAUUUUUGAGAGCUUCAGUCCUGAAGCAGCACCUCAGAGUUCAUACAAAGGAGAAGCCACAUUCAUGUCAUUUGUGUGGAAAGAGUUUUUCACAUCUACAAAAUUUGAAAGUGCAUCUGAAAAUACAUACUGCUGUGAGAGAGUACAUGUGCUUUGAGUGUGACAAGACUUUUACUUCAGGUAAACAUUUGAAACUGCACCAGAGGAUUCACACUGGAGAGAAACCUUACAAGUGUUCACACUGUGACAAGAGAUUCAGUCAGUCAGGAGACCUGAAAACACAUGAGAUGAUCCACACUGGAGAGAAACUGUACACAUGUAAUCAAUGCGGGAAUAGUUUCAGACGAAAAGGAUACCUUACGCACCACAUGAGAGUUCAUACUGGAGAGAAACCGUUCACUUGUGAUCAGUGCGGGAAGAGUUUCUCACAAUCAUCAAACCUUAAGGAUCACAUGAACAUCCACACUAGAGAGAAACUGCACACAUGUGAUCAAUGUGACAAAACAUUUUUGUGGGCUUCAGACCUGAAGAAACACCUGAGAGUUCAUACAAAGGAGAAGCCACAUUCAUGUCAUUUGUGUGGAAAUAGUUUUUCACUCCUACAACAUUUGAAAGUGCAUCAGAAAAUACAUACAGGUGUGAGAGAGUACAUGUGCUUUGAGUGUGAGAAGACUUUUACUAAAGGGAGCCAUUUAAAACAGCACCAGAGGAUUCACACUGGAGAGAAACCGUACAAGUGUUCACACUGUGACAAGAGAUUCAGACUGUCAGCACAUGUGAAAAUACAUGAGAGGAUUCACACUGGAGAGAAACCUUACAAAUGUUCACACUGCGAAAAGAGAUUCAGUGAUUCAUCAAGUCUGAAAACACAUGAGAGGAUUCACACUGGAGAGAAACCGUAUCACUGCACUGUAUGUGGGAAGCGGUUCAACCAAUUAUCUAAUCUACACACACAUACACAAAGAUAUCACAGUAAGUAGAUCAAGUUCAGAUCCAGCACUUUCAGGUCUGAUGCUGCUUCCUCAUCAAAUGUGACACAAUAAUGCAUCAAGCAGUGAAAUAUCAUCUGGAUAAAUCUGUCAUUACAAGCAACAUGACAAAGAAACAUUAUCUGAAGUUUUCACAGUGAAUAAAGAUCAUCAUCUUCAAAACCAGCAGAUUCAACUGAGAUUCAGAUCAACUCAAAGAUGGAGUUCCUCCCCCAAAGAACAAUGUCAAAAAGUUUUAUUCCUGUAUAUAAUUUUGCUUCAUGUUUUAUAUUAUAUCAUUGUGCUUUCUUAUGGGUUUCAUAUUAUGUUCAAUAUGUUUAAUAAGCAGGAUUGUAAGAAUAGUCAUUAAAAAUGUACAGAUACCCAUCCAUACUUGUAAGUCAGAAGGAGAGAGAUCCAGCUCAUUAGUUUGCACUUUUACUUAGCUUGAUUUUGUAUUUGCUGAUUAAAUGUAAUUAUUGAUUAAAUGUUACCUUUGUUCAUUAAUACAUAGUCUUUUUAUAUUUUAUCAACAACUUUUGUUGUCUGCUGAUUGUAUUUGAAUCAGGAAAAAGUAAUUUUAUAAUUUGAGUUUUAAUAUCUAAAGGCUAAUCUUCUUUUUCGUUUUAUUUUACAAUCAUUACCAUUAGGGAAUAGACACGAAAAAUAAUGGUAAUGAUUGUAAAA